AUGAAGUCACCGGUUGGUGGAGAUGGCAGCAUACGAGUCUGGCCUAUUGAUACGAAACAGGAAGAAUGCAUCACGACCGAGGAAUUGAACAUCCAGACUGAUGCCCCUCCCAACUUGCUCAGAGCCUUGGAAACUACCAGCACGUCCUGUGGCACAGAAGUGCUGAUGGUUGACGGAUUCAACCCAAGGCAACUUACUGUUCUAAACUCUGGAAGAUCAUCGUCUUGACUCUGAAUGAAUGGAUGCUUGCUGUGCUACACCAUAGGAAACAAACAGUGGGAACUGCUGUCGCACGACCCUAACUACCAAUCCUACUGCCUGUUGAUGGUCUGUCCCAAUUACCAAGUAGCUGCCCUGGGAAACAUCCAGGGCAGUCUGAAGAUUGUAGCUCUGGACAAUGGCAAAACCUUGCUGGAGAUGGAAGUGUUUACCGGGAAAGUUUUCAGCUUGUGUUGGGAAAACGAGGAUAGUCUCUUUGUCUCUGGACCUGAUGGAGUCGUGAUCUGGUUGAAUGUCAAGAAAUCCAGCAGUGCUUACUGCCUGGAGGAAGCAGCCCGGUUCCGUCUGCCUCCAGCACCGCAGCGAUGGCUGACAACCGCUGCGUUAGUUCCUCAUGAGGAGGGCGCCCUCGUGUGUGGAGAUCGGAGAGGCUCUCUGCUUCUGUACACUCAACUGCACAAAAGGAAACAGGAAGACAAGCCAGUUGGCCCCACACACUCCCUCCCCUGCAUACACGGCAAGGCUGGUGUGACUCAAGUCUGCCACCACGCUGGCUGCGUCUACAGUACAGGUAGAGAUGGCACAUACAGGCAGUACAGGAUACGGGGCACCAGACUGCAGAUCUUGAAUACUUUCAAGGUGUACAAAGGUUUUAACUGGAUUGAGAGUAUUUCUUUCACUGCUGCAGACGAUGUCUUAGUGACUGGUUUUCAUGCUUCAUCUUUCAUUGUAUGGAGUCAACACAGUAACGAGAAACUGGUGCAGAUCCAAUGCGGCGGGGGUCACAGGGCAUGGGGUUUUGCCACGUGCAAGCUUCUCCCUACCCCAGGGGAUUCCAUUCCCAGCAGUGGGGACAGUAGCCCCACCCCUGGGGAUGCUGUAACAAGCAUUGAUGGCACUGGUAGCACAUUGGCGGUGUUUGCUUGUAUAAAAGCAAAAAAGAUCAUUGUGUGUACGGCACCAGGACAGAAACUUCAGCAGCAUCCGAUACUCAAGGAGAGUUUGCAUGGACGAAGAGUCACUUACAUCAAAUACCUUGCUACCGUCGCUCUACCCGAAGGUGAAUGCGCAGUGUGUGCUACGGGCAGUGAAGACAACGCAGUCAACAUAGUUGCCAUUAUGUUCCCCAUUGGCAAACCUUCCACAAUUCAAGUUCUGCAUCGUCUGCAAGUCCACAUUUCAAGUGUCCGCUGUCUUGCUGCCUGCCCUGCUUCAUCCACGAUGAAGAACUCGGAGGAGGGGGAAGGCGAAGAACAAGCAGAGGUCACGGAAGGUCAGGAGGCAGGUCAAAGGUUACUGCUGUUCUCUGUGGGUGGCCGGCGAGCUAUUCAAUGUUGGAGAGUGACAAUUCCUAGGAACUGCCCGAUACAAGACCAGGCUCCUGGGUGGCUAAAAUCUGUGUGUACCGUAGAGCACCUAGCAUCUUAUGGAAACACGGACAAUGUCAAGCAACGACGCUGGUUGAAGAGACACGGACGUACCAUUGAUCCAGAAACUAGAUUCAUGUCGGUCUGCGUGUGGAAAGGAAGCGAGCUGAUUGGCUACCGGAGGGCUGAGUGCAUGCUGGGAGUGGCUGGCUCGGACGCUUGCCUGAGGCUCUUCAUUUUUGAUGAACAAUCCAAGCAAUUGUUCCCGCAUCUUUCGACCAACUCCCAAGGCUGUUGCCUGCUUACCACACUCGGCAUGACCCACGACUUCCCAUGGGGACCCAGCCCCUUUCUGCUCAGUGCAGGCACCAAUGGCAGAAUUGCAUUCUGGGACAUUCAGAAAGCACUCCGGGAACGUAGUAAUGAUGGCAUAGAUUGUGUAGAGGAGGAAGACUUUGCCCAACGGGAACUGACGAUUGAAGGCCAAGUUGAACAAUUACAGACAGAUCAACAAACUUGUGAAUCGAGCAAAGAUCCUAUUACGACUGACAGUAUCGGGGAACCAUGCAGCAAUGUUCAUAUACAUGAAUCAUGCGGUCAUACCAAUGAACCAUACACCACAACUGCCAAACCACAAAGUAAUAUCAGGGAACUAAACAGCGUGACUACGGAACCAUGCAAUACAACCAUGGAACCGUGCAAUGAUGCCAAUGAACUGUGCAAAGAUAUUAUAGAACCAUGCAGUGAUAAUCAGGAACCAAGCAGUAUUACCAAGGAACCGUACAGGACAACCACGGCACUAUGCAAUGAUGCCAAGGAACCGUGCAAACAUGUGAAAGAACCGUUCGGCAAUACCAAGGAACCGUGCAAUACUACCAGAGAACCAUUCACUGCAGCCGAGGAACUUCGCAGUAGUUUACCCACAGACACAUGUAGGGACAGGACUUCAAAUACUUUGCGCGCAUUAACUGGUCUGGAGCAAGACGAAACAAAAACAGUACGGAACCAUCUGGACAUGGGAAGAACUGAACCUUCACCAUCACUGAGGACUGCAUGGAAUCAUGGAACAGCAGAGACUGAUGCAUCAUGGGACAAUGAUGCCGACUUUGGAAGGUUACUGCUCUCUGUGAAGGCGCACCAGUCAGGGGUCAAUGCACUUUGCAUGAGUAAAUUAGACAGCACUAGGUAUCUGUUGGCGAGCGGAGGCGAUGACAAUUCCAUUCAGCUCAGCCUGCUGUCCGUGUCAUGCACCGAAUCUGACCAGGAUAUCAGCUUUAGUCUCGAGCAUACGCACUGCAUCACUUGUGCACAUGCUGCACAGGUCACAGGUUUGUCGUUCAUUGGUGCCCACACACUGGUCUCGUCGUCCAUAGAUCAAAGACUCAACGUUUGGAGCAUCAGUGUCACCUCUGAUAAGACCUCCAUCAUGCAGGUCGAGUCGCUCGGAAGUCGCUUGACCCUCAUCGCUGACUGCGCUGGCAUGGCCCAGUGGCCUUUGAGGCAUGGUGGGCAUGCUGUCACUGUGUGUGGCCAGGGAGUACAAGUUCUGCAUUUGACGGAGAGUCUAGGAACCAGACCAGAAACAAGCCACUUACCUUGACCAUCGAUGGCGCCAGCUGGAGAAUACAUUUUGCAUUAAUGGGCAAAAUGAUGGUCCCCGUGCAUGACUGCACCACGAGCAGUAAAAUUCACCAUAUGAACACCAGACACUUGACUGUCAUGUGUUUUCACUUGGAUGAUUUCAUUUCACUUGUAACAAACAAAAAUCACUACCGUAAAAUGGGGUAACUUUGGUCAUUUUUGAGACAUAUUUAACUAUUGCUUUUAUUACAAACUUGGUGAAUUGGAUUUUCCCUAAUAUUUAGAACAUUCAGACUAAACUCUACACUCUGGUGUUGUUUGGUGUCAAAAAAUUGUACUUAAAAAGGGGGGGGGCCCAAAAAAAGAUGUGACCAAAGUCUCCGUUUUGGGGCAACAUUGGCCAGCCCUAAUAAAUCCUAUGGACAAAAAAUGUCACAUGUUUAAAAAUGUUUCCUUCCAGGUGAAAAGAAGAUCAAAUGAACAUUUCACCCCGGUAGAUUCCUAAAAACACACAUUAUUUUUCCCAAAGGCUUCUUUAAUGCCAUUUGACCUUUGACCUUCUUGUUCCUUGACCUCUGACCUUUGACCUCUUGAAAUUUGACCUAACACAAUUAUCCACUUCAAAACCACAAGUGCAAUCAACUUUGCAGUGGCAUUUUCUGAAACUAAUCAUAUAAAAUUUACUGAAAAAAUCUUGUUUUGCUGAGAUUUAUAUUCACUUGUAACUAAAAAUAUAGGUGCUGACCAAAGUUACCCUACUGACCAAAGAUACCCCAUCUUACGGGUACUGAAUAAUACACUGUAUAAAUUGAUACAUGUUUUUCCUGGACCAAAGGCGCCAGCCUAUAUAAUCCUGUAACUGAAUGAGUCACUGACGGACUUUGUCACCGAGCGAGAAUAACGUGCACUGAGUAUCAAUGAUGUACAUGUACGUUGUAUGACUUUGUACAGUGCUUGUAGUUGACCUGAACAGCUGAUGUUGCGUCUUUUCUACUUUGACGUUGUCCAUAUUUUGACCAUGUCCCCAAAAAAGUGUUCAUCUGACUGUUUUUGAAAUAACUACAACACCCUGAAGUCAAUUUUGAAAAAAAAUUGAA